GGCAUUGCGUGAUGACAAAAAACGCUUUUGAAUCAGAUGAAAAAAAAAUCUGUCUGGCCUUGUAGCUAGUACUAGCCGUUCUAAUUAUACUUCAGAGGUACUAGCUGUUUGAGUCUCUGGCAAAAACGAGCCAACGAGAUUGUUGUACAGAUCUAGCUUGUAGCUAGCGGUUUCUCUGUCGUGAACUCGAAAUGUGGACGUGUAAAAACCUGUGGAAGAAGUUAGCCCCACUCGCCAGAUCCUCUUCAACUUUGUGCCGGCAAAAUGCAAGGGGAGUAUUGUUUAACAAUGAGAGAAGACUGCCACUGGUUCCACAGGCCCACAUGUCCUCAGGAACUCCAGGGGGUGGAGGGGACAACAACUUGUACUACCUCCUAGUGGGAGCAACCUGUGUAGGGGGAGGAUUUUAUGCUUACCGCACCAUCAAAGGAGACAAAGAGCGAUAUCAGGAACGAAUUAAUGAAAUUGCUUCCAGACCAAAUAAGGUAGUGCCAGAACAACCAAUCACAGAGGCCCCAGGCGAACAAGCUGCUGAAACUCCACAAGAGAUUGCACCUGUUACGGAAGAUGCUCCUGUGGAAACUCCGGAAGUAACCCCUAUUGUCGAAGAAGUGUCCCCUGAAGUUGCUGCAGUGGAACAAGAGGAUCCUCCCACCACACCAGAGGCUGAGAUUGCAACUGAAUCGGUGGUAGAACCAGCUCCUGAAGAAUCAGUAGGGAUGCCUGAUGCUGAUCCAGUAGUUAAGAGUGAAGCAGCACUUGUAGCUAGAUCUGUCUCAGAAGAAGCAGUGGAGCAGCCAAGUGCACCAGCUCUGAUUGAACCUUCAGUGGAACCGUCCCCCGUAGAGGUUACAGAAGAGCCUCCUGCUCCCGUUGAACCAACACCAGUAGCAGGAAGCCUUCCUGCAGAAACAGCGGAGCCGCAAACUACGACAGAGAGUGCUGCGGAACCUGCAACUGUUGCACCUGCUGAGGUCCCUGCACCUACCCCUGUAGAGUUUCCCUCACACGCCCCCUACCUCUUGAUUGGCGGAGGCACGGCCUCCUUCGCUGCAGCACGCUCCAUCAGGGCCAGGGACCCAGGAGCCAGGGUAUUGAUUAUCACUGAUGAACCAGACCUUCCAUACAUGAGGCCUCCUCUCUCCAAGGAGCUGUGGUUCUCUGAUGACCCCAGUGUGGUUGACACCCUGCGCUUCAAACAGUGGAAUGGCAAGGAGAGGAGCAUCUACUUCCAGCCUCCCUCAUUCUAUGUUAGUCCUCAGGAUUUGGAGAAAGUGGAGAAUGGUGGAGUGGCUGUGCUCACUGGGAAAAAGGUGGUGCACAUGGACGUGAGGGGCAACAAAGUGACACUGAGUGACGACACCGAGAUCUCCUAUGAUAAGUGCCUGAUUGCCACAGGUGGAAUCCCAAGGAAUCUGCAAGUGAUUGAGCGAGCUGGAGAAGAGGUGACAAAGAGGACUACACUGUUUAGAAAGGUUGAAGAUUUCAAAGCUUUGGAUAAGGUCUCCAGAGACACCAAAUCCAUCACCAUCAUUGGAGGAGGUUUCUUGGGGAGUGAGCUGGCCUGUGCCCUGGGCAGGAGAUCUGCUGAUUCUGACCUGGAGGUAAUCCAGAUGUUCCCUGAGAAGGGCAACAUGGGAAAGGUGCUGCCGGAGUAUCUAAGCAACUGGACAACAGCCAAAGUCAAGAGCGAGGGAGUGGCGGUCAUCACAGAAGCGUUGGUAAAAGCUGUGAGCUUCAAAGAUGGUAAAGUGGAGAUCAAACUGAAGGAUGGUCGUGUGGUGAAGACGGACCAUAUUGUUGCAGCUGUUGGGCUGGAGCCCAGCGUAGAGCUGGCCAAGUCAGCAGGUCUGGAGGUAGACUCUGACUUUGGGGGCUUUCGGGUCAACGCAGAACUGCAGGCUAGGUCCAAUAUAUGGGUGGCAGGUGAUGCAGCGUGCUUCUAUGACAUCAGACUGGGCCGCAGGCGAGUGGAGCACCAUGACCAUGCAGUCGUGAGUGGCCGGCUGGCCGGAGAGAACAUGACGGGAGCCAAUAAGCCCUACUGGCAUCAGUCCAUGUUCUGGAGUGACCUGGGGCCUGAUGUAGGCUAUGAGGCCAUUGGGAUAGUAGACAGUAGCCUUCCAACGGUUGGAGUAUUUGCCAAAGCCACUGCUAAGGACACCCCCAAAGCUGCCACAGAGAAGUCAGGAACUGGAAUCCGUUCGGAGAGUGAGACGGAGGGGACGGCCAAUAGCCCUGUAGCCUCCUCCACCCCUGAACCCCCUCCAGUACCCGAGCAGAAGGACAACUACGGGAAAGGAGUGAUCUUCUAUCUGCGAGACAAAGUGGUGGUGGGCAUUAUCCUGUGGAACGUGUUCAACAGAAUGCCCGUUGCAAGGAAGAUCAUCAAAGAUGGAGAGGAACAUGCCGAUCUGAAUGAAGUGGCUAAGCUCUUCAACAUUCACGACGACUGAGUCUUCUCUCCUCUGGGGAGGCUGAGCCUAUGCUGGGAGAGACGUGUGCUGUCACUACUCAUAAAGGCUUUGAACUUUCACAGUCAUCGCCAGGCUUUGGCAGACCCCACUAUGAUGAUGCACUUGAAAAGGGAGAAUCUCUGGACACAAAUCUACUCUGUACAUUUUAAUGUCGCUGGAAUAUUGUCAUGUUUGUAAUUUCUAUCACAUGCAUGUUUUUUUUCUUAUUUUCUAUUCAAGAUAGUGAGUAGAAAUAUUCCCAAUGUCGAUCAGUCUAAUCAUUCUAUAUAGAAUGAAUGCCGCCCCCAGAUCUAUUCUGUUGCGUUUUGUGAUCAAGGUGAAAUUGUCCAUCCUGGGAAUACAGGUGACUGUGUGCAAGCCUGACAACAUACUGGUACAUAGAGGUUGUUUUUCAGUGUGAUCAGAGCAGCUCCUAUUGUUAAAGGCUGCAAUAAACAUGUUUUUAAAUUGAAAUUAUCCUACCAUUUGCAUUUUUAUUUCCUAAGAUGUUAUCACUCGGUUAUGAGAACUGGUUCUGAUAUGGACUGUAAGCACUAAAGUCCCUUGAUACAUUUCCAAGAGAACUUGUAUUAUAACAUGGUUUCACAUUGUUUAAAUGUUUGUAAUUAAAUCACACAAGCUCAAA